UCUCGCCCCGGGCGGAAAUGACGUCACCUUCGAGCAUCGCCGCUUCCGGUCCGCGUGAGUGUGGUUCUUUCGCCUGCAGCGAGUUUAGGACUGGUGUUGCUGUGCGUGCGGUUGUGUGUUUCGCCAGUCGGCCUUCCUCCUUCGGGACCAUGGCCACCGAUUCGUGGGCCCUGGCAGUGGACGAGCAGGAAGCGGCUGUCAAGUCGAUGAGUAGUUUGCAGAUCAAGGAAGAGAAGGUCAAACCAGAUACCAAUGGUGUUAUCAAAACUAAUGCCACUCCAGAGAAAACAGAUGAAGAAGAGAAAGAGGACAGAGCCGCUCAGUCCUUACUCAACAAGCUGAUCAGAAGCAACCUUGUCGAUAACACCAACCAAGUGGAAGUCCUGCAGCGGGAUCCAAACUCCCCACUCUACUCGGUGAAGUCCUUCGAGGAGCUUCGGCUGAAACCACAGCUUCUGCAGGGAGUCUAUGCCAUGGGGUUCAAUCGACCAUCCAAGAUACAAGAGAAUGCGUUACCCAUGAUGCUUGCUGAGCCCCCACAGAACCUGAUUGCCCAGUCUCAGUCUGGUACUGGUAAAACAGCUGCCUUCGUCCUGGCCAUGCUUAGCCGAGUGGAACCAGCAGAGAGAUACCCCCAGUGUCUGUGCCUCUCCCCAACAUAUGAGCUGGCGCUUCAGACAGGAAAAGUGAUUGAGCAGAUGGGCAGAUUUCAUCCAGAACUAAAGCUUGCUUAUGCUGUUCGAGGCAAUAAAUUGGAAAGAGGACAGAAGAUCAGUGAGCACAUUGUCAUUGGCACCCCUGGGACCGUUCUGGACUGGUGCUCCAAGCUCAAGUUCAUCGACCCCAAGAAGAUCAAGGUGUUUGUUCUGGAUGAGGCUGACGUGAUGAUAGCUACUCAGGGCCACCAAGAUCAGAGCAUCCGCAUCCAGAGGAUGCUUCCCAGGAACUGCCAGAUGCUGCUUUUCUCUGCCACCUUCGAAGACUCUGUCUGGAAAUUUGCCCAGAAAGUGGUCCCAGACCCAAACAUCAUCAAACUGAAGCGCGAGGAGGAGACACUGGACACCAUCAAGCAGUAUUACGUCCUGUGCAAUAGCAGAGAUGAGAAGUUCCAGGCCUUGUGUAAUAUCUACGGGGCCAUCACCAUUGCUCAAGCCAUGAUCUUCUGCCAUACCCGCAAAACAGCUAGUUGGCUGGCAGCAGAGCUCUCAAAAGAAGGCCACCAGGUGGCUCUGCUGAGUGGUGAAAUGGUGGUGGAGCAGAGGGCUGCAGUGAUUGAGCGCUUCCGAGAGGGCAAAGAGAAGGUUCUGGUCACCACCAACGUGUGUGCCCGCGGUAUCGAUGUGGAACAGGUGUCUGUUGUCAUCAACUUUGACCUUCCCGUGGACAAGGAUGGGAACCCGGACAACGAGACCUACCUGCACCGGAUCGGGCGCACCGGCCGCUUUGGCAAGAGGGGCCUGGCCGUGAACAUGGUGGACAGCAAGCACAGCAUGAACAUCCUGAACAGAAUCCAGGAGCAUUUCAAUAAGAAAAUAGAAAGACUGGACACAGAUGACUUGGACGAGAUAGAGAAAAUAGCCAACUGAGAAGCUCCUGCAGUCACUGAUGCCACACUUGGUGCUCCCCCUGCACGGCACACUAGUGCUUUCAUGGCACACUAGUGCUUUCAUGGCACAGGCCUCAACAGUCAACACAAAGAUGAAGGCACGAGUAGAGAGAAACUACCUACCUCAUUUUAAAUUACGUUUGGACUUGACAAAAAUUGCGCAAAUGAUGGGGGAAGGUAGAAGAAAAAAUUUGCAUUUUGGAAAAUUUAGUCCUUUUCCUCCCAUCCCUUUUCAAAGCCGCGGUUUCCUCCGUCUUUAUAAUAACGUGCUCACUAUUGGCAAUCGCUGGCCCCAGGAUCCCCUGCCUGUUUUCUAGCUAGGGGUGUUGAGACCAGCCUCUAGCCGCUAAAGAAACUAUAGAGGUAUAAGCAG